UAGUAUCAUACCAUAUUGUAACAAUCCUAUUUCGUGAUAAAAAACUAUUAUUUUAAUUAUGAAAAUAAAGACUACGUUUUACUCUAAUUUUGAAUGAUUCAUUUAAUUGAAAUAUUUCCAAACAAAUUAAUUUGGUGUAGUAUGUAGAAGAAGAAAGAAAAGUUCAUCUCUCGCUUUCUUUUUCUCUCUCUCUACAAAAUGGGUUCUCGGACCGGGUCACACCAGCUGAGCAAUGGGCUUUACGUGUCUGGCAGGCCGGAGCAGCCCAAGGAUCGGCCUCCGGCAGUCGCGUCACGCGCGGUGCCGUACACCGGCGGCGACGUCAAGAAGUCGGGCGAGCUGGGGAAGAUGUACGGAGUUGCCUUGUCAAGUGGGGAGGUUGCGGGCCCACCGCCUCCAUUGAAGCCCUUCUCCAGAGCUUCUUCGUCUUCUCAGCACAACAGUGCUACCCUCAGAUCCGGGCCGAGCUCCGGCGAACUCGGCCACAAAUCCAUCAACUCCGGCCCGAUCUCGAAGAAAUCGUCGUCCUCUUCCUUUUCCGGCCCAAUCAUGACUCCAAUCCAGCCCACCGGGCUCAUCACUUCCGGUCCGUUGGGGUCCAGCGCCGGCAGGCGCUCCGGCCAGCUAGAACCGCCGUCGGUACCUUCGACUAAAGUACACUACGGCGCGGCUGUUACUAAAUUGGGGGAGGAGAUAAAGCUAGGGUUUAGAGUGUCGAAGCUCGCCGUGUGGGUGUUUCUAGUUCUGAUAGUAAUGGCUCUGGUAGUAGGGGCGUUCCUGAUGGUGGCCGUGAAGAAAUCGAUGGUCCUCAUUGCACUGGCCGUGAUUCUAGCUCCAGCAAUGGUGCUGUUGAUAUGGAAUUUCACUUACAAACAGAGAAGCUUGAUGGGAUUUCUGAAAAGAUAUCCAGAUGCCGAGCUCAGAGGUGCGGUUGAUGGACAGUUCAUCAAGGUCACUGGGAUCGUCACAUGUGGAAGUAGCCCUCUAGAAACUUCUUUCCAGAAGAUACCAAGAUGCGUAUAUGUUUCCACAGAGUUGCAUGAGUACAGAGGAUGUGGUGCCAAACCUGCAAAUUCAAAACACUGUUUCUUUUCAUGGGGACUAAGGCAUUCUGAGAAAUAUGUGGCCGACUUUUAUAUAUCAGACUACCGAACUGGGCUAAGAGCUCUAGUGAAGGCAGGUCAUGGAGCCAAAGUUGCCCCAUUUGUCAGCUCUUCAACUGUUGCUGACAUAACAAAGGGCAAUAAGGAUUCAUCCCCAAAUUUCUUGCAGUGGCUUGCAGACCGAAGCCUUUCGAGCGACGACCGUAUUAUGCGCCUCAAAGAAGGUUACAUCAAAGAAGGAAGCACGGUGAGUGUGAUGGGGGUCGUGAGGCGGCACGACAACGUGUUGAUGAUCGUCCCGCCACGAGAACCGGUUUCGAUGAGCUGCCAGUGGUUGCGGUGCAUAUUCCCGACCUACACCGAAGGGUUGAUCUUGACUUGCGACGAAGAAGGUCAGAGCGACGACGUAGUUCCUGUAUAGAUCAAAAAAAAUUCAAGAUUUGGGAGAGGGAGACCUUUGAGGGUUCUCACAAGUGUGCAUAAAAUGAAGAAGAAGAAGAAGAACAAGGAGAGGAUGGAAUGGAGAAAGAAAGAAAAGAAUAUAUGUCCAUUCAUUCCUUUUGGUGCUCUAAUGAGCUUUCCACUGAGCUGACAUUUUUUUAUCUUUUAAUUUUUAAUAUUUAAUUUAGCCACGUCGUGUAAAUAAUUUUUUUUUUCUACUAAGCUGUUUGAAAUUACGGAUUUACCCUUUUCCAGCCAGAUAGAAUCUGCUAAUGUCACAUAAAAUUUUUUAAAUAUGUACGGAAUUUUGGAUUGUGCAAUAAUGUGAAAUUUUUCGG